ACCCAGGCGCUAGGAACGCGCUGUGGCUUCUUCGACCCGCUGCCAUGUCCCGGCCGCAGCUCCGACGCUGGCGCCUCCUAGCUCGCCAGCCCCGCGGCGUUCUGGGUCUAGUGCUGCUGGCGCUGCCGCUCGCGGCCGGGACCGACUGCCCGUGCCCGGAGCCAGAGCUCUGCCGUCCGAUCCGCCACCGUCCAGACUUCGAGGUCUUUGUGUUUGAUGUUGGACAGAAAACUUGGAAAUCUUAUGAUUGGUCACAGAUUACAACUGUGGCAGCAUUUGGAAAAUAUGACUCAGAACUUAUGUGCUACGCUCAUUCGAAAGGAGCCAGAGUGGUACUUAAAGGAGAUGUAUCCUUGAAGGAUAUAAUUGAUCCUGGUUCCAGAGCAUCCUGGAUAGCUCAAAAACUUAAUUUGGUCAAAAUACAACAUAUGGAUGGAAUUAAUCUAGAUAUAGAGCAAGAAGUUAAUUGUUCAUCACCUGAAUACGAUGCAUUAACUGCUUUAGUCAAAGAAACUACAGAUUCUUUCCAUCGUGAAAUUGAGGGAUCACAGGUAACUUUUGAUGUUGCUUGGUCUCCAAAGAACAUAGACAGAAGAUGCUAUAAUUAUACUGGAAUUGCAGAUGCUUGUGACUUCCUCUUCGUGAUGUCUUAUGAUGAACAAAGUCAGAUCUGGUCAGAAUGUAUUGCAGCAGCCAAUGCUCCCUAUAAUCAGACACUGACUGGCUAUAAUGACUACAUCAAGAUGGGCAUUAAUCCUAAGAAACUUGUAAUGGGUGUUCCCUGGUAUGGUUAUGAUUAUACCUGCCUGAAUCUGUCUGAGGAUCGUGUUUGUACCAUUGCAAAAGUCCCUUUCCGCGGAGCUGCUUGUAGUGAUGCUGCAGGACGGCAGGUGCCCUACAAAAUGAUCAUGAAACAAAUAAAUAGUUCUAUUUCUGGAAACCAAUGGGAUCAAGAUCAGCAAGCUCCUUAUUAUAACUAUAAAGUAAGAUCUUUCGAUCCUGCUGGCCACUUUCAUCAAGUGUGGUAUGAUAACCCUCAGAGUAUUUCUUUAAAGGCAACAUAUAUACAAAACUAUGGCUUACGGGGCAUUGGCAUGUGGAAUGCAAAUUGUCUUGACUACUCUGGAGAUGCUGUAGCCAAACAGCAAGCUGAAGAAAUGUGGGAAGUCUUAAAGCCAAAGCUGUUUCAGAGAUGAACGUCUUUUGUCAAACUAGUAAGAUUUUUUAAAAUAGUAUAAACAGAUCUAGUUUCUUGCAUUUUUUGUUAUGUUGCUAUACACUUUAGUUAUUGGCAUACUAAAAAAAAAAAAAGAAUAAAGAAAUGUUUUGUUUGAAUUUGAAAAAUACAUAUUAAUGUAUUUUUCCAGGAACAUAAAAGCAAGAAACAAGUCAGCUUACUUAUUAAAUAUUCCUCUAUUAGAUCUUUCAAACUAUAAUUAGGAAAAAUUGCUCUCAGAAUUUCAUUAUGCCGUAUUUUGCUUCAUUAUAGUAAAAUAUAUGCUUACAAAUCUAUGCCGAUUUUUAAAAUGUGUAUAAUUUGAAGUGGAAAUUGUUUGCUUAGAGUUUUAAAAACCGUCUUUGAAAAGCAUUUUGUGCUAUACUUUUCCCCCAAACUCCUAAUAAACCUUAAAUUUAAAAACUACAA